CGCAAGAAAGUUUUCUUGAACAGCAAGCAUGCAUCCAGGAUGGACGAGCAAGGAAAAUUGUCGCCUGUUCCUGGGGCGCAAUACCCCGUUGAAGCCUGCGAAGCAAGCCUGAAACACUUGCACACGGAUCACAUUGAUCUCUACCAAGCCCAUCGAGCGGUCGAGCCUGUCGAAGAGCAGAUGAAGGGUAUGAAGAAGCUCAAGGACGAGGGCAAAAUCCGCUACAUCGGUGUGUCAGACUUCAACUUGGAUCAAUUGGAGCGAGCCAACAGCGUCGUUCACAUCGACGCAAUCGAGAUUGAGUUGUCGCGCUGGACGCCAGACGUGCUGACCAACGGCAUUCUUGAUUGGACAAAAAAGAACGGAACAGCUCUGAUUGCCUACUCUCCACUUGGUAGAGGAUUUCUCGCAGGCGAGAUGAGCUCGACCGACACUUUGGAGUCAAACGACUUCCGAAAGAGAAACCCAACUUUUGAGCCUCAGAACUUCGUCCAUAACCUCGAUUUGGUUCGUCAACUCAGGAAGGUGAGGUAUGAUCGCUUACUGAUUCGAAGUAAUUGGCUGACGAAGCAGAAACUUAGGGUUACUCCGUACUGCCCAGACGAAGCGACCGGGGUUAUACAACGAGACGUACUUCAUUGGAAAGCGUGA